AUGGUCCCCGCCGCCGCGUCUUCUCUUGUUUCCUCUAUUCCUUCCUCGUUGCCCGGGUUUACUCAGCUCUUCUAUCUUCAAUGGGUACUAAAAAUUAUGCUCGAGGAAACUGCUCUUUGGGCAACUCGAAAUAUCCGAAGUUUACGCCGAUUGCACGAAUAUAUCGAGCACGAACAUCCUAGUUCUGCGGGUCCAACUCACGAAGUCACGGUCAAGGCGUUUAGGCUUGCGGAUCGGGCUAUCCGACAAUAUUCUUCGUAUGCCCGCCAAACUACAGUCUUGUCGGACUCGGUCACGCGCUUCAGAAUAUGGAAAGAUACAAGUCUUGAGAUUGCGCGUGAUCUAGCUGAGCGCCACACGGAACCAUUCCUCCCCAUAAUGAACGACCUCUUAUCAGACGACGAACUCGACUUUUGCCUCUUCUACGAAGAAGAUUACAUACCUCCAGCUUCAGAGGUUUGUUCCGAGUACGACCUCUGGAAUAGGAAUAUGAGUGCUACAUUUGUCUCCCAGCAUAACUGGCUUCUUCCUUCCGAUGGUGGCGAGGUUGAUGACGGUGAUUUUGACCCCUUGAAUGGAGAUGAAGCUCUCGCUAUAUUAUCGACGCUGGACGAACUGGUCCGGUUGUGCGAGGUGCAAAAAGAGCUGAACCUGAAACCAGGCAAGACAGAAUUGGAAGAGCUGAAUUGCUUGGAGAAACAGCUCAUGAAUCUGUUCCGAAAGAAUAUCAAAAUCCUAAUGACCGCCGGAAAGCUCUUUGCGAGUAAUUCUCUUCCAAACCGCAUGCUUUCCGAGCUUGACACUCUAAACGGCGAGGUGGCCACGCCCACCAAGACCUGGCUAUUUCGAGCCUCAAUCCUCGCAAACGCUAUCAAGCAAAAACCUCGCAUGCCACGGAGCGCCAUUCUCGCAAUCCUCCGGCACGAUCCCGACGACUCAGAUCACUCAUCCGACAACUCCUCCGUUGAAGCGGAACAAGACACGCACACGGGCACCCGACCACAGACCUCGAUUCCUACUCAAUUCGCGCUAAGGUCGAAUGCAGACUCUUCUUUGCCUGCGAUCUUGGAGGAAGACGAACCUUCUUCGAAACAAACCACACCCG